GAUCCUGCUCUAUAUCACAGAAGUUAGAGAUUUUAUUACCUCUGGGAAUUUGCCCUGAGGUAAAUAUAAAACCAGAGCACCAUCGGAAACACUGAAGAUUUCCCCUGUGGAUCCAGAGGCAGCAAGUUGUGAGGAUGGACGGGGUCUUUGGAUUGUCCGUUUUCUCUGUGUGGCAGUGGCAGGACGUUCGCAGUUUGCUCAUCUUCACUCUGGUCUUCUUGGUGAUAGCAGAGUGUUUGAGGACCCGUCGUCCCAGCGGCUUCCCUCCAGGACCCCGGGUGCUUCCUCUUGUGGGGACCAUGUUAUCCCUUGACUUUAACAAUCUCCACGGACAAAUGACCAAGUUAGCAGAGAAGUAUGGGAAUGUGUACAGCCUUAAGAUGGGCUCCUCCUGGAUAGUGGUGUUGAAUGGCCUUGACGCCCUGCAAGAAGGUCUACUCACCAACGGAGACAUCCUGGCGGACCGACCCUUAAUUCCUCUCCAUACUGACGUGCUUCCUGAUCUUGGUAUUAUCUUUACCAACGGAUACUUGUGGAAACAGCAAAGACGAUUUGCCCUCUUCACUCUCAAGUACUUUGGAGUUGGCAAGAAAUCCCUGGAAUCUACCAUACAGGAUGAAUUUAAUCACAUAUCUAGAGAGAUUGCUGGUCAUGAAGGCAAACCCUUCAAUCCUCACUUGGUUAUAAACAAUGCCGUGUCCAACAUCAUCUGCUCCCUGGUGUUUGGUCAUCGCUUUGAGUACGGCGAUGAGAAGUUUCUCACUUUGAUGAAGUUGAUUGACACGGCAACUCAAAUCGAGGGCUCCAUUUGGGCUCAGCUGUACAAUGGGUUUCCAACGCUGAUGAGACGUCUGCCGGGCCCUCACCACACUCUUCAGAAAAUCUAUGGUGAAAUGGUAAAGUUUAUGAAAAUAGAAAUCAAUCAGCACAAGAAAGACUGGGACCCCGCAGAGCCCAGAGACUUCAUCGACUGUUACCUGACUGAGAUUCAGAAGAAGGAUGAUAAAGAGGAUGCUGGUUUUCAUGAGAAUAAUUUGGUGAUGUGUUCGUUUGAUCUGUUCGGAGCCGGCACCGAGACCACAUCCACCACCCUGCGCUGGGCUCUGCUCUACAUGACAAAGCACCCUGAGAUUCAGGAGAAAGUCCAGGCUGAAAUAGACCAAGUGAUUGGACAGUCCAGGCAGCCGUGCAUGGAGGACCGUGCAGACCUUCCCUACACUGACGCCGUCAUCCACGAGGUGCAGAGGAUGGGCAACAUCGUUCCUCUGGGGCUGCCUCACUUCGCCAACAGGGACGUCAAGCUGGGAGGCUACUCACUCCCAAAGGGCGUUACAGUGAUUCCUAAUCUGACCUCGGUGCUGUUCGAGAAGAGCAAGUGGGAGACGCCCUUCACCUUCAACCCAGGACACUUUCUGAAUGAGGAGGGAAGGUUUGUGAAGAAUGCUGCUUUCGUCCCUUUCUCUGCUGGCAAGUACCAUCUCACAACAUUUUAAUGGACAAGAUUCUUUUUUUUUUUUACAAAUCUAUUGCAGCACUUCACCUUCUCCAUGCCUCCUGGGGUGGAGCCUGUCUUAAAGCCCCGUGUUAGCAUCAUUCUUUCACCCCAACACUUUGAAAUCUGUGCCACGCUGCGUUAAGUGUGACACUCACACAUCAUGAAGUUCUUCAUGCAUUAACAGGAGUCACAAUGUCAGUUUUACUGGUGACCUUUGGUGUCUUUAAGCUGCAAUAAUGAAUAUUUUGGCCACUUGGAUGCAGAAGAAGUUUACAACAAGCUUGACACAUUAUCGACUUUUGUUAUAUUUGCUUUGGCCCAGUGUUCUGGAUAACCUUUGCCUCUUGACGGUUCACUUCUGUGAAUCAAUAUUAGCUUUGUUUCCGGCAGAAUUCAAUAUCCAAUAUACAGUAUAUAUAGUAUCCAAUAUUGUGUCUCCACCAUCCCCUGAAGAAUCAUAUAUGUUCCACCUUGCUUUCCUACUGCUGCAGCUGCCAUCUGAUGCAAGGCAGGUAAAACAAUGAGCUAAAGACAGACAGAUGCAGAGUUAGGUGACAGUAACCUGUUGUUGGUUUGUCUCUGUGUGAAGCUUUUCAAUUCCAAUUUUACAAUUUUAUUGUGAAAAUCCAAAAUUUCCUGGAGGUCUGUGUGUAGAUACAUUCAUUUUUAUGACCUCAGCCAAGGAGUUUAUUUUUUCAGGUUGUGUUUUUGUUAGCUGGAGGGCUAGUGGAAUUAUGCAAGAACUAUUAAACCAAUUUGCAUUUGCACGGAUGGUCCUUGGGAAGAACCUAUCUUCAACACAUGUAAAUUAAGGGUAAG